GCCGGUUGGCAGCAUAAACUGCUGAAGCUCUCUCCCAUUAUAUAUAACCCUACACCUCCUCCUCCUUCACGUUCUCUCACUCUGACUCUCUUUCUUUCUAAGCAAAGCUACUAGCGUGUCUACAUUCUCUGUUUAUGCUGAAUCUGCAGUCUUUGAAUCUGGUUCGCAUAUAUUCGCAUUGUUUUGAUUUUCAAGCUCUUGCAGCAAGUGUUUGCUAGUGUGUGUGACCUUCGUGAUUAUCGAAUCGUAUUGUGCUUAAUCUGAAAUUAAUGGGGCAGUUUUGAGUAACGGUUAAAGGGUAAAAGAAAUAUUAGGAGUACUGUUAUUCUUAAGAAGGAAGGAAGAAAGAAAAGGGAAGUUUUGAUGGCUCGGGCAACUAAUACCAACUGGCUCUCGUUUUCACUUUCUCCAAUGGAAAUGUUGAGGUCAUCACCUGAAACCCAGUUUGUGUCUUACGAGAACUCCUCCUCCUCCACUGUCUCUCCUCACUACUUGAUGAUCGAUAACUUCUAUGCAAAUGGGUGGCAAAACCCCAAAUUGCAAGCAUACUAUAGCGGAGAAGAAGAGACACUAGCAGCAAGUAUGGCUCAACAUAACCAAGCGGUACCUAAACUGGAGGAUUUUUUUGGCGACUCGUCAUCUACCCAGGACUCGUCCUUGACUCACAUUUACGAGCAAGGGUCGGCCUACUUCAACGACCAGCAAGAUCUGAAAGCAAUAACUGGAUUUCAAGCGCUUUCUACUAACUCGGGCUCGGAAGUCGAUGACUCUUCCAUCCCUCGAACUCAGUUCGCUUGCACAGAGUUUACCGGUCACUCGAUUGACUCAACUCGGAACGAGUUGGGGUUCUCUAAUUGUGCAUCUGGUGCUUUGUCACUUGCUGUUAACAACGACGAGAAGGCUCUCGUCUCUGUUGAUUCUGAUUCCACCAAGAAGAUCGCUGACACCUUCGGUCAGCGAACUUCGAUUUACAGAGGAGUCACCCGGCACAGGUGGACUGGUAGAUAUGAAGCGCAUCUAUGGGAUAAUAGCUGUAGGAGGGAGGGUCAGGCUAGAAAAGGGCGUCAAGUGUACUUGGGUGGAUAUGACAAGGAAGAUAAGGCAGCUAGGGCUUAUGAUUUGGCAGCUCUAAAAUACUGGGGUCCCACUGCAAGCACCAACUUCUCUGUUUCAAUUUACACCAAAGAAUUGGAGGAGAUGAAACAUGCGACAAAGCAAGAAUUUAUUGCUUCGCUGAGACGGAAGAGUAGUGGAUUUUCGAGGGGAGCUUCUAUUUACCGGGGGGUGACAAGGCAUCAUCAACAAGGUCGUUGGCAAGCACGGAUCGGUCGUGUUGCUGGAAACAAAGAUCUAUACCUUGGGACAUUUGCCACUGAAGAGGAAGCUGCAGAGGCGUAUGAUAUAGCAGCCAUAAAAUUUAGAGGUCUGAAUGCUGUGACAAAUUUCGUGAUGAGUCGAUAUGAUGUCGAAGCUAUUAUGAAGAGUGCGCUUCCUGUUGGGGGGGCGGCUAAGCGCCUGAAGAUCUCACUUGACGCGGAGCAGAAGCAAUCACCCAGCCAUGACCAGCACCAACCCCAGUGCAGCUACAGCAACAUCAAUUUUGGCACAACGACUCUACCAGUUUCAGCUAUCCCUUGUGGCAUUCCUUAUGAUCAUACUGCUGCCACCACUCUUUAUCACCACAACCUUUUGCAUCACCUUCAGACUACUAGCAACUUUGGUAAUGCGGACUUGGACUUGGCUGUCUCCACCUCAUCCACAGCUGCCGGUCCAUUGGCGGUUUUUCCUCAGUCGGGCGAGGUUUUCAUUUGGCCUAACCAGUCUUAUUGAAAUGGUGGCAGAGAAUCGGUAGUUUUUGACAAACACUAAAUAGUAGUUGCAGUAUUCAGCUAACUACGUAGCAAACUGUUCUGUUUUUAUGACCCAUAUCUUAUCCCCGUUCUCACCCUAAUCAAACCCGCUGAACCUUGGCAGUUGGACCGGAGGGCAGGAGGUGUUUUUUGUUUUGUAAGGUGAAGCUCCUGCCUAGCUAGCUUGUUACAGUAGAUUCAAAUCUUCAUUAUCUAUCUUACAUUUUGUUUUUGUUUUUUUU